CUCCCCGUGACCCACCCCCAGCCUCCUCCUGGCACGCCCCAUGGUGCCGAGGCGGGAGCCGACCUUGGGUUUCCCAAAAGGUGAGUCCUGGAGCUCCUAUGUCACCCCAGCCGGGGUAUCCUUGCUGCAAGCAGGGUGGCCCCAGGAUUUCCUGCUUAGCGUGGAGACCAGCAGCGGCACUGGAGGUGGGGCUUCCGGACCCACCACAGCCACACCUCCACCAAGGGCCUGGUACUGCCCACUCUCGGGAGUCCCUGCCUCUCCCCCAUGAGGACAAGCCACCGGAGAGCCUGGUCUGGGACUUAACCGCCAAGUCUCUUGAGUCACAGCAGGGGGAGUGAUGGGCAGGAGGGGGAGGCUUUGGCCAACAUCUUGGGAUCCCCCCAUCCCCUGGUCUACCUGGACCCCCAGGGCGCUGAGAGCAUCGGUGGCGGUGCCUUGUGGCAGGGCCAAGUGUGGGGACUGACAGCCACCGCACCGAGGCCCGAGUCUAGAAGACUGGGGGCGGGGGGGCGGUGGCAUUGCAGGUGGUAUUCAAAGGGGCAGGUGGGAGAGAAGGUGGGGGAGCUGUGACAGCUCGGCAGCGCAGCAUGGGAACACACGGCUCGGGAGCCAGCCCCUCCCCGUAGACCCCUAGGUUGGGUUGCGGGACCACCGAGUGGCUGUGGCGUGUGUGAGGCAGACACGGCCAGGUGGCUCAGCAGCCCCUCCACCCGGAGCCCCCUCCUCAGUCGUGGGGGGCCUUCACAGCACAGGGUGGGCCCCAGCCUGCAUGUGCCCUUGUGCCCCACGAGAGCGGGACGUGCCGGCCUCCCCGGGAGUUCCCGACACUCGUUCUGCUGGCCCGGCCUAGCAGCAGGUGAUGAGCCCGCGCUGUGGCCUCCCAGGGGUCUCCUGGGGAGAGAGCUCACGUGUGCUCCUCCUCGCGGGGAGCCCGGCUUAAAGCUGGGGCCUCGAGGCUACAGCUGACUCCAGAGGGGAGAUAGACGCCGCCGUGGACGCUGACCCCAGGAGGGCCCCUGGGAAGGUGGGCGUCGCCCUGGCAGUGGGGUGGCUCCCCCAGGCUAUCCACGAUCGUGGCUGCAGGCUGGUCCCCUUUCCUCUCUAACGGCCAGACCCCUCGUCUUGGGUGGAGUGGGGUGGGGGGAGUAAUUCUUGCAGGCCCAGGAUGAUAACCCACUGUGCCUUCUCCCCGCCGCCUCAGCCCGUGAGUCCUGAGUCGACAGUUGGACCUGCACAAGGUCUGGGAUCAGGACUCUCAUCUCCUCCCCCGUCCCAAAGGGGCUUUAUCUGCGUGAUGAGCCUCUGAGAGGCUGGGCCCCAGGUUCGUCACCGACAGGUCGUCUGGGGUGUGGCCAGCGUCCUUGCAUCCUGCAGACCGGGACUGUCCUACCUGGUAGGAAGCAGGCACACGGCUUGAUCCCGCCCCGGGUGCCACACCGCGGCCCAGUCUUGGCUCCAGGGACACUUGCCCUCAGACCCAGAGGUUCGGGCAGAGCACCGUGGGGGCUUCCGCCUCUGGGGCGGAGCUGGUGACGUUUCCAAAAGCCUGAGCCUUGAAGGAAGGAGACGCUGCCCGCGGACCCUAGAUGCCUCUCUAGAGCAUGAGCUCGGGCAAGGGCGCCCGCUACAACCGCUUCUCCGGGGGGCCCGCCAACCUUCCCACUGCCGACGUCACCGCCGGGACCAGAAUGGAAACGACCUUCGGGCCUGCCUUUUCGGCCGUCACCACCAUCACAAAAGCCGAUGGGACCAGCACGUACAAACAGCACCGCAGGACACCGUCUUCUUCUAGCACCCUCGCCUACUCACCGCGGGACGAGGAGGAUAGCAUGCCCCCCAUCAGCACCCCACGCCGCUCCGACUCGGCCAUCUCCGUCCGCUCCCUGCACUCAGAGUCCAGCAUGUCCCUGCGCUCCACGUUCUCGCUGCCCGAGGAGGAGGAGGAGCCGGAGCCCCUGGUGUUUGCUGAGCAGCCGUCGGUGAAGCUGUGCUGCCAGCUGUGCUGCAGCGUGUUCAAGGACCCCGUGAUCACCACGUGCGGGCACACUUUCUGCCGAAGAUGCGCCUUGAAGUCAGAGAAGUGCCCCGUGGACCACGCCAAGCUGACGGUGGUGGUGAACAACAUCGCGGUGGCCGAGCAGAUCGGGGAGCUGUUCAUCCACUGCAGGCACGGCUGCCGGGCAGCGGGGGCCGGGAAGCCUGCCGUCUUUGAGGUGGAUCCCCGAGGGUGCCCCUUCACCAUCAAGCUCAGCGCUCGGAAGGACCACGAGGGCAGCUGUGACUACAGGCCUGUGCGGUGCCCCAACAACCCCAGCUGCCCGCCCCUCCUCAAGAUGAACCUGGAGGCCCACCUCAAGGAGUGUGAGCACAUCAAGUGUCCCCACUCCAAGUACGGGUGCACAUUCAUCGGGAACCAGGACACGUAUGAGACACACCUGGAGACCUGCCGCUUCGAGGGCCUGAAGGAGUUCCUGCAGCAGACGGACGACCGCUUCCACGAGAUGCACGUGGCGCUGGCCCAGAAGGACCAGGAGAUCGCCUUCCUGCGCUCCAUGCUCGGCAAGCUCUCGGAGAAGAUUGACCAGCUGGAGAAGAGCCUGGAGCUCAAGUUCGACGUCCUCGACGAAAACCAGAGCAAGCUCAGCGAGGACCUCAUGGAGUUCCGGAGGGAUGCGUCCAUGUUGAACGAUGAGCUGUCCCACAUCAAUGCGCGGCUGAACACAGGCAUCCUCGGAUCCUAUGACCCACAACAGAUCUUCAAGUGCAAAGGAACCUUUGUGGGCCACCAGGGCCCCGUCUGGUGUCUGUGUGUCUACUCCAUGGGGGACCUGCUCUUCAGUGGCUCCUCUGACAAGACCAUCAAGGUGUGGGAUACGUGUACCACCUACAAGUGCCAGAAGACGCUAGAAGGCCACGACGGCAUUGUGCUGGCGCUCUGUAUCCAGGGGUGCAAGCUGUACAGCGGCUCAGCGGACUGCACCAUCAUCGUGUGGGACAUCCAGAACCUGCAGAAGGUGAACACGAUCCGGGCCCACGACAACCCCGUGUGCACGCUGGUCUCCUCACACAACAUGCUCUUCAGCGGCUCCCUGAAGGCCAUCAAGGUCUGGGAUAUCGUGGGCACUGAACUGAAGCUGAAGAAGGAGCUCACGGGCCUCAACCACUGGGUGCGGGCGCUGGUGGCUGCCCAGAGCUACCUGUACAGCGGCUCCUACCAGACAAUCAAGAUCUGGGACAUCCGGACCCUCGACUGCAUCCACGUCCUGCAGACAUCUGGCGGCAGCGUCUACUCUAUCGCUGUGACGAAUCACCACAUUGUCUGUGGCACCUAUGAGAACCUCAUCCACGUGUGGGACAUCGAGUCCAAGGAGCAGGUGCGGACCCUGACGGGCCACGUUGGCACUGUGUAUGCCCUGGCGGUCAUCUCAACGCCAGACCAGACCAAAGUCUUCAGCGCGUCCUAUGACCGGUCUCUCAGGGUCUGGAGCAUGGACAACAUGAUCUGCACGCAGACCCUGCUGCGUCACCAGGGCAGUGUGACCGCACUGGCCGUGUCCCGGGGCCGGCUCUUCUCGGGAGCUGUGGACAGCACUGUGAAGGUUUGGACUUGCUAACAGAAUCCAGACCAGUCUUGGCUUCCUCUGGGACCUCCCCUAGGCUUGUCCCAACCAGGCUGGCCACAUGAGGGGUCUCAAGGGGCGCUCACUGCCUGCCCUGCGGGGACAGACCGACAGGUUCACCUGGCCAGGCAGUGCCCUCCCCACCCUGUGCCCGGCGAGCCUCCCUCUGCUUGGUCCUGUGAUCGUCGCCGCCAAGACAGUGCCCAGCCCCUCCCGCUGGGUGCCAGGUACGAUGCUCGCCCGGCCCACCCUCCAUCCCUGCCCCAGAUGGACUGUGGGCCUUUUUACUCACCUUUUCUACUGUUUUUAGACUGUAUAUAGAUUUGAUUACUUCUUGAUUGAAAUAAAAGCUGCACAGACUGUG